AAAGAUUCGUGAUAAGCAAUGGAAAAGAUACUUAAUAUCCUGGGCCCUACAUUUCUAAGUUUCAAAGAGUUUGGUUUCGCUUACGGUCUUCAAGGAUCCCUAGUUCGUCGAAAUUUGGAAAAGUUAUGGUUUCAACAUUGCAUCACUAUGGCAAAACAUAAUGUAUUUUUCAUACACUCCAACAACCUCAUGUCAAAUAUAAAUGAUAUCAGUGACGUUGGACUUGACAAUGUACCAUUCGGAAUCGCCGAAAUUGACGAGGUGAAAAACACGUGGAAUCAAUCGAUUCCGAUUCUUAAUUCUCGAUCUAUAUCUCACAGGGUUGCUAAAAUCACAACCGUUUACGAGAGCGAUGAUUCGAUUAUAAGCGUCAAGGAUUUAUUUUACAAAAAGCAACGAGAGCGUAAAUCCUGGUGGAGAAAAAUUUCCGAAAAUCCCUCGAUUUACUUUAUGAGCGAAAUUAAAAGAGAUAAGGGCAAAGAAUACGCAGAGAUCGAAGCACGUUUUCCAUUUGGAAAUAUAGUAGUUGAGACGCUCAAUUUCAAGAAUAGCGCUAAAAAAUUAUUACCAUCCGUUGAAAAUAGUCAAAAUUUAAAAAUUGUUGAACACACAUUGUCUUUGGAUUGGGGCUGUUUGACGUUAUUGUGUGAUGGAUACAUUGAAAUUGAAGAUUCAAAAGAGUUACAAAUGCAUCCAAAAUUGUUACCAUAUAAAGCAUACUGUAAACCAAUUAUAUCCCCAAGUGAUGAAAAAAACAUUCAGGAGGAUGUGUGUGAUUUAUCAAUUUACAUUACUGAAUUACUUCGCAAGCAAGGUAUAGAUUCUAUUUUAAUGAAUGAAGCCAAAAAACCUGAAAUUUUCAGAGUACCUUAUGUAAUAACUGUGGAUAGCGAAAGUUUAAAAACUGGGUUGUGUAAACUAAAUUGUCAGAGAACUUUAUGUGGGGAAAUUGUUCAUAUUACAGAUUUAGCAAAACGUGUAUCUGAUUAUUGUAUAUAAAACAUUCUGCAUGUGAUAGUAGAUAUUUCCUACAAUUCAAUCAAAAUUUAAGCACAUUUAUUGUAUCAUACAAAUUAAGAUAAUAAAAAACAUGUACAGUUCAA